UCAUCGGUUAAUGUGAAACUCUUAAUGAAUAAAAAGAGCCAGCGACUCUGGUGGCUUUCACCUUAGUAUACACGUUCUGUAAUUAAUCUAUUCUACACUCUACAGUGCAGCUCGCUUCUAAUUCUAAGACUUCUACGCGCUUGGAAAGCGGACCUUGGGGCGAGAAAAAUUAGUCUACAACGCUCAAAACCCGAGUGCAAUUUUGCGCGCAAGAUCUGUUACUAAAGGCGAUCACCCUAAAAAUUUGAUAGCAGAUUUUCUUCUCUUGUUUCGACUUCUCACGAUAACUAAUUAAAGAACCUCUUAAAUUAAGCACCUUUAAAACGCUCAACCUUCCUAAAAACUACAACAUAACACAGUGAACGUUUGUAGCUUUGUGCGGCUGCUUCUGCAAAAUCAAUUUAUUAAUGUCCACGUACACGCAAUUGCGAGGGUUGCCGCGUCUGUUUCAACUGCGGAAAUCACUCGACAAGUUAAUAGACUGUAGCAUUCAGCGUUCAAAAUCGGCCGUUUCCACUCAAUCUCAACUACUUGCCAAAUGAGGUUGUUAAAUUUGUUUCAAUAUCUUUCCCAUGAUCAUUCCUUUGCAUUAAAGCCCGUUAAUUAACGAUGACAUCCCUGUCAUCCUCAUGAGCUUCGCUGAAGUAAUGUUUGUUUAACGGGCAGAGAUGUUAAGCCUUGAUUUCUCUCUAGGUACACAAACAAUACCGUGUCAUGUAUCACGUAAAUGUAAACUGAUUUCAUUGAGAGCCUCGCAACAUAAGCUCUUCUAAUCUUACGCGAUUGAGACAGCUGUAACGUUCAGGCUUACAACAUCCGAAAAACAGUUCUUUCAGCAAUGACACGAGAAUAAAAGAUAUAAAACAGUCAUGUUGAAUCGCGCUUUGUCCAUUUGUGCCACCAUAAUACAAAAGAAUUACGCAUAAAAACAAGCUGUCGUCGUCUGAACAAUUGUAGCUUAAUCUCCGGCUUGGGAUUAACGUGCAAAUGAGGUUCAAUUAGUCAGAACACUCUAAAGGCAACGCUAAUUUUCAUGUGAAAUCGUGUGAUAUAUUUACUAUCUACCAAGGCUUAGUUCAACUUGUGCGAAUGUGUGGCCCUUAAUCGAGAGCAUUGAGAGAACAACUUUUCUGAAAGAAAUCUCCGUUUAAAAGUGUGCUUUCUCGGGAUGACUGCAGCGCCAAAGUUCUUCAGUCGAUAGGUUUUACCAACCAGCGUAGCAACCAACGGGUAGACGAACAACAGGAACAACAAAGUGACAGCACCGAAUUUCGUCGAUUAAAUUGUCGCUUGGCGCGCUGAAACAACUGAAUGUGCAACGUUGGCGCAACGUUACAACGUACAAAGAGACGAUUUGUCAAAGUAAUGUGUUUAUUUGCCAUAAUUGUUGAUUAAACCAUUACAAUUCCUGGAAAGUAAUGAUUUCGCAAGGCAGAGUAAUGGACGCUUCAACUACAAGCAGAAAGUACAAAGAGCGAGAGGGAGAAAAUGUUACUUUAGGGAGCGUUGUUAACCGUUUAAAUUUAGCCAGUGAAAAGAUGGUCGCUAGCAACGCAAAGAAAGUGGCCAUUUUGGAAAGGUUACACCAGGCUAGCACGGUACACGAAUUUCCGACAUCGGGAGAAGUAAGAGAUCCACACGAGGUCAUCUUUGAAAUGAAGUCCAUGCGAAAAAGUUUGCAAAAUCAACUGAAAAAUGACGGCUAUAACACAGUAUGUCCCGAAGGAAGAUUGAAACAACUUUCAACAAGAAAACAAGCCCGAGGUGAGCGAGGUAGCUCGGCGAAGUCUUUAGGAAGAGUUUCAAACUCUUUAGCUCAUACAGAAGUUUUUACGAAGAGAAUUGAAAAGCAGAAAAAGUACUGCAGAAAAGAAUCGCGAGGGGCACCAUCAAACUCCAAGAAACAAAUCCCAAGCUGCUUAAAUGAGUUUACGAGAAAUCUUUAUAGCAGGCACAUGGCCGCUCCAACUCCUCGCAUAACUGUGGAAAAAAACGUCGAGGAUUAUGCAGAAAUGGACUUAGGGAAGAAUUCUACAUCAAUAGCUCGUACAAAUCUUAAAAACGAGACUCCAAUUCCAGAAAUUGACAUUGAUAACAAAUCGGAUGUGGAAAACUCUAACUGCAGCAGCGAAGAAGCGUCUUUUAUCACAGGUGAGGCAGAACAUGUAGUAGUAGAUCCCGAAAAGAUAUAUCCUCCGGAAGAGAUUUCAUUGAAAGAAAAAGAGGUGCUCAACAAACUCACUGAUCCGCAGUUGAAGGAAUCGCUGCAAAAUAUAAUCAAGAGACGAAGAAGCAGCGUGCGUUUUGUAAGAUCCGAGUCGGGAUAUGACAUAGCAAAUCUUGAGAAAACAAUCAGUGAACAACAGGAUGCAACUGCCGAUCAAUAUCGACAAGAACAAAUGGAACAAUUAGUGGAAAACGACAAAGCAGUGGAGGAAUCGCAAGACGGCGACGUGCGAAGUGUUAAAUCGGCGAAUUCUCGGCAAGUUUCGGUAAACCGCGAGCGCUCAACGAGCGCAGGAACUGUAACGUCCGAGAGAAGCCACAUUCCCACCAGUUCUCCGCAACCUCGAGCGCGCCAACGAAACCUUGCACGUCAAGAACAAAGAGUUCCCACAGCGAGGCGCAUCUCGUCAGCAAGAUCGUGUGUAAGCAACACGUCAAUUCAGACGCAAAGAAGCGUAAGUUCUCCCAUCCUUAGAAGGCCAAAGCUAGAAAUACAGACAGGAGAAACAAGAGUCAUUCGGCCUGCUACUACCAAGGGAUAUAUAUCCACCUUGUCUUCUAGAAAAGUUUCGCGCAAGCAAUUCGCCAUCUCUUGCCCGGAAAUUUCACAGCAUAGAGACGAAGCCAAAAACUUGGCCCAGGUAAAUAUGAUUCGAGAGUUUCUAUUGAUGUACGCUAAAGUGACAACAAAGAAGGACGAGGCACUUCCCAGACGCGUGCCAGUUCGUAUGAUGAGUCAAACACCCGAGUUUGUCAUCAAGAGUGCCAUUGGUCAGUUCUUAACGCGCGCUUUUCCGUCCGGGGAAAGCGAAGAAUGGACUGGACUGAGUAGCCAAUCGAAGAAGGAACGAUAUGAAGAGCAACAGCGUUCGAAGUUGUUAAGGAUUAAGAUUUGCAUGAAACAUUUGGCGUCUGUAACGUGAUAUAAAUGCGAUAUUCUGACUUGGGUCCUUAUUUUUAUUAAUUUUUCAGAAGGGGCAUGCAUUACACAAACAAUGCUCUUUAUAGUGAGGCCCACUUUCCAGGCGAAGAAAAAAAGCUAGGUUGAGAUUUCAUUAAUAAGCAUAAAAUGUCCAAAAAAACGCCUUUCAAAAAAAAGUAUUUGUAAAAUUGUUGCUAUGUACCUCAAUUUAUUAUUUCAGUCAUAUCAUUACUCCUGCGUUGACCGAGUCUUGCAACUUACUUUUUAAUAUUGAUUUGAAAGAAUAUUACUUCAUAUUUCAUUAUUGACUUGCAACUUAUUUAAGAUAAUACCAAAUAGUUUAAAUCA